AUAAUAAUAAUAGUAAUAAAAAAGGUGAUAUAUGAAUAGGAUGAUACUCUUACUAACUAUAUCUAUAAUUUUAAAUUAUUAUUUGAUAGUGUUUUAUUAUGCUUUUGGGAUUAAGUAUUUUACAAUUACUUCAAUUUACUUGGUUAUUACUUGAUCGACGGACCUUUUUAUCACAACAAUUGUCAAGAGCAUGGCAACUAGCAUAUGAACAAGAUCCUUGGACAAUACGAUCCAUGGAAGAUCGAUGGCAAUGUAUAGGAUUCAAUCACUCAUAUGAUAGACAUAUUCAUUCAACUACGGAUGGUUUGAUUCAACAAGGUUGUUAUCCUCAUAUUGAACAACUAUUCGGAAAUGUGAUUUAUCGAUGGGCGCUCAUCAUCUGGUUGAUAAAAUGUGCUCAGAUCAUGGGUGGUUUUCUAUGUUAUGGAUUAUAUGUACGGUAUGGCAUCGAUUAUAAUGAUGAGGACAGUCGAUCUGAUCUCGAACAGAAUAUGUCUAGUGGGAAGGAUUAAAGAUUUAGGUCACCGC